AUGGGGAGAAAACUGGACCUUUCUGGCUUGACUGAUGAAGAAGCAGAGCAUGUGCUCCAGGUGGUUCAGCGAGAUUUCAGCCUUCGUAAGAAAGAAGAAGAAAGGCUGAGUGAAAUGAAGCAGAAGUUGGAUGAAGAGGGUAAUAAGUGCAGCAUCCUUUCCAAACAGCAGAAGUUCAAUGAGCACUGCUGCAUUCGCUGCUGCUCUCCUUUCACCUUUCUUAUCAACAGCAAGCGACAGUGCCAAGACUGCAAGUACAACAUCUGCAAGAGCUGCAGCACUUACCAGAAGAAGGAGAAGGCUUGGAUUUGCAGUGUCUGUCAGCAAGCAAGGCUCCUAAGGAUCCAGUCUCUGGAUUGGUACUAUAAUAAUGUCAAAAGCCGCUUUAAGUGUUUUGGAAGUGCCAAGGUCCUGAAGAACUUGUACAAGAAGCAUAGACUGGAGAGUGGACUUUGUCCUGAUGCAAUAGCAGAAGGAAGUUUGUAUGAAGGAAGCUUUGAGAAUGAAGAAAGCAUUUGUGGCAGUGACUCUACCUUCUACCAACAAACAGAAGGACACAGCAUGAUGGAUACCCUUGCUGUGGCUUUACGUGUUGCAGAGGAAGCGGUGGAAGAAGCUAUUUCUAAGGCAGAGACCUACAGUGACAGCCUGGACAAGCAGAAUGAAGCUUGCUACUUGCAGGAGCACAAGGAGGACCUCAUAGAAGAGCUGGCCACAACCAUUGUGCAGAAGAUUAUAAAGAAGCAGAAAGGCAAACCCGAGCAGGCCGAGGCCUUGGAAUGGCGGCCGCCGUCGCGGAGCAGCGGCCUGGCGCCGGGCGCCGUCUCGGAGCAGAGCGUGCUGGCGUUCCCAGGGAGCCGCAGGGGCUCCUACACCUUGUGGAGGUCUCAGUCUGCAUUCUCCCUGGCUAGUGAAGAUAUGGCCAGUAAAGGACAAGACCUUGCAUCAUCUGUGACCGAGGCUCUUCAGAGGCAGCAAAAGGGACAGUCCAGGAAGCAGAAGGAACGCAAGCUCUCUGCUUUACCCAGCUGGAAGAGUGUAGACAGACUAAAUGAAACAAGUGACCAAGCGCUGGAACAGGUUGCCCAGAGAUGCUGUGGAGUCCCCUUCACUGAAGAUAUUCAAGAACCCGGAUGCAAUCCUGUGCCAUGUGCAGGUCCACCUUCUGUUUUCCAAAGCAGCGAUGGAAACUGGGUGGCUUUGCAGAAUGUCGCUCUGCCUCGUCCUCGAAUGCUCGCCAAACCAAAGAGUCAGGUGUUCAGAGCUUUGGAGAAUGAGUCCAGUGUUGUGUCUGCCUAUGAUGAGAUGGGCUCGGACAGCGAGGAUGAGUAUGACUGGAACGUGGCCUUGAACAAGCUGCGGCGGAGACCUCGCCAAUUGCCAGACGACUUCUACUACUCCAGCUCCCAGUAUGGCACCGAGUGGGUUUAUGGCAAUGAUCAGUACCAGGCAGUGACCUCCCCCUCUUCUGGGUUAUACACCAACACUGAGACUCUGUUGUCCGAUUCGGAAACAUCUUCAGUAAACUCUUCCCAGGAAGCUAAAGGACCUAGCAAACUUCUCUGGUUGCAAAGCAGAACUCAAGGUGAUAUGCCCAGAAUGGAAAAGAAGCACUUCCAUGGAGAACUAGAUGUAAAUUUCAAUCCACAGGCAACCAGCUUGGAGUAUUCAGACAGCAGUGAGACUGAAGAAGUCCAUUAUGAUUUAGAAAAGAGAUCAAGAAGGUGGAAGAAGAACAAAGCCAUCUCUGAAGACUUAUGUGAAGAAAAGAAUCAGGCAAAAACCAACGAGAUUAAUUUAAGUCAGGAUUUUGAUGAUUUAUCAGAAACAGAUAUAAGCAAUGAGGAUCAGCACCAUGUGAAGCCUGAAGUUAUGGAGGAUGAACUUAAAUCCAGGUUAUUUCAGCUUGCUGCUAAAAUGAGUGACAAGGAAACAUCAUCUGGUGAAGAACAAGAGUCAGAACCUGGAGCAGACCUGGAAAACCAGAAGGAGAGUUUGUCCUCAGAGGAAAAUGGCAGAAGUAUUCAGGAAGAGUUAAAGAAGGAAAAACAAAAGGCUUUUGAUCUUCAUUUAAAGCUGCAGUUUUUAUCCACUGUAUUGCAGCAGAAGUACUCUGCUGUCUCUCUCUGCAACAUAUCUACAGAAGUCCUGAAAGUCAUCAAUGCCACUGAAGAACUAAUAGCAGAAUCCACUGAUCCCUGUGAUUUCCCAGAUGAUGCUCAGGACAGGGGAAGAGGAACCCUCCCACUGGGCACAGAUCCUGUCAGACUCGAUGAGCAGCUCACUACACUGGAAGAAAAUGUGUACCUGACAGCCAGCACGGUGUAUGGGCUGGAGGGACAGCUGACCAACCUGGAAGACGCUGCACGCAAGAUCAACAGUGUUACUGAGGAAUCCGAGCUGGCCGAUCUGGAGGAUCAGGUGGCCACAGCAGCUGCCCAGGUCCACCAUGCAGAGCUUCAGAUUUCAGAUAUUGAGAGCAGAAUAUCAGCUCUCACUGUUGCAGGCUUGAACGUGGCUCCCUGUGUUCGCCUGACAAGGAAACGGGAUCAAAAGCAAACAAACCAGAUGCAUACAAUAGACACAUCAAGACAGCAGAGGAGAAAACUUCCAGCUCCACCAAUAAAAGGUGAAAAAAUAGAUGGUUCUCCAGUUACCACUGUCAGAACGUUUAACAGAAACUUCAUGCUUCAAGGAUCUCUAACACAAAGAACUAAAGAAAGGAAAAGCACUGCCAAGGACUUAAUGGAACCUGCUGUAGGAUCUGCUGUGAUGUACUAAACCUACACUUCCCUACUGCCAAUAACACACUGCCUAAGGCUGUACACUAGAGUGCCUUUUCUUAACAGCCAUUGUGUAUGUCCAGCUGAAAAUGGACCCUCAAGAACCCACAGAGCCUCAGUUAUAGGGCUUCAUUUGGAUACCUCACUGAGAAAGCUGUCCAAGUCUUCAGCAUUGUGGUCUGCUACAGGAAACUCUGCCUUAAAGUUCUCAGAGGACUCUAGACAGGAUGCUAUGUCUCAAAAGCAAGGCUCCACAUUUUAAGAUGCACUUUUUCUCCCUAUUGAUUGUACUAAAGUAUGUCGUCUUUAAACUGCAGUAUGUUUUUGUACACUCAAUCAGUCGUAAUUAUAGGCCAAUUAAUCUGCCAAAGCAGACCUGUGAUCCAUAUUUGCUGGCCUCUUACUGUUCACAUGGGCAUCUGUCUUGUCGAGCAAUAAGAACAACUCUGUGCAGUGUGUGAUACUUCUCAGCUGCGUAGAGGGAGAGGAGAAUCUGUGUACCUCGCUCUGCUCCCAGGGAGUCAGUGGAAGUCUUGGGAGGGUUGGUGAGAGGAGGGAGACUUCUCUGUUCUCUGAGAGUACAUCUCAUAGAUCGAAUGUUCCAGCUCCAGUGCUAGGGAUAUUGCUCUAGGCAGCACGGGUGUCAUGCUGAACCAGAAACUGGUAGCCACACAUGUGGACCAGAUGUCUGCUGAAUUACGAUCCCAGUGUCUGGAAACAUCUGAACACUGUUAAAGAAACCAACACCUUCAUAUGUCUUGUUCUUGGCAGCAUUGUCCACUUGGUGGUGGCCAACCAUGCUAUAGUUGAGAAUAAAUUCUGUCCAAACCUUUAGAUUGGAAAAAGGAGGUGAAAGUGUUGGGGAUGAAAUCUCUGCUGACUGACUGGUGGUUGUGGGGUGGCUGCAGUUUGCAAGAGAUUCCUUUCUGACGUUCACUGGUGUUUCUGAGAAGGAGGCAUAUGUAGCCCAGACAUCAGUUCCUGUACUAGUCUGGAGCCACCAGAGAGUAGCUGGCUCUGUUGCUGGUGGCACAUGCACCCCAUUACUACUGGACACUCUGAAUUGGAUUGUGAAUAGAGAUAUUCCUUCUUUCAUUUCUUGAGACCCUUAACAGGUGAGUCAAACUAAAAGGCCCUCCCUCCUGGCAGAUGCCCAGGAGGGAGGAUGCUGCUUACAGGGUGUCCUCUCACCCUUUUGUGGGAGAACAUUGCCAAUUUGUGGUAUUUUUUUGCUCUGAAGAAUACAAAGAAGGUAGUCAGAGGAGGUGAUAAGCCAGUGAAUCCCUUACCUUCCACACCAGUUGCAGAGCAGGUACCCAAGUCCAGAUGGGGUUGAUUUGCAAUGUGCUAUGAAGGAAGGCAUGGGCUGGCAUGUUCCCCUCAGCAUUAAGGAGUGGUGAGCUCUCCCAAGAGCUGUGAGCAUCAGGAAGGCAAUUCCUUCUUUCCCUGGGCUCCCAGUGAGCACCCAUGAGCACAGUGCCACAUGUUACCUGCCAUGCAGCAGGAAAGCAAUUCCCUGGGACACCAGGCCAUGAAAUGUCUGUGGUUGGGCAAAUACAAGUAAAACUGGGCAAAUUUCCUGGCUAGGCUGGAUUUAGGGUCAUGAAUGGGGAAGACAAGGAAUGGCUGGAUGGGUUGAUUGGAAAAAUAGUGCCAGUUGCAAAUCUACCAUCCACAUUUGACAUCUAUCUUGUCCGUGCUCUGAUGUCCAGCUGCAUGUGAGGAACCCUUGGAAUGAAUACAACCAUCUUCCUACUUAAAAUACACGAGCGUCACUCCAUCCCUUCAAGAAAUUUCCAUCUGCCCAAAAUCUGGCCCAGUGUGUUCAUUCUGGG